CUAGUCAUUCCGAGUCGGUUCCGGGACCGUUUGCGCAACUCUCCCGUUCACUACGGGCACCAAGUGCUUCGCCGGUGUGCUAUAUAACAGCUGCUCUAGUGUCCGUGUCUGGCACCCAUUCCAAACACCACAACUGGGUUAUAGGUCUUCCAUUCCUUGGGUAUCGGCUGUCUUGCGUCCAUCGAAAUUAUCGCAAACUCCUCUUCUUCACUCGGAACUAAGUGCUCAAGGAUGCCUCACCCACUUGCUGAUGGCGAGCCCCAGUGGACGCAGGGGGAAAUCGACGGGCGGACGUGCUGGAGUAGGGACUUCAUUGGCGCGGAGAAGGUUGUCGAUAUUGGUCGGACACAUGGCGAUGGAUACGUCAAUGGAUGCAUUGGUGUAUCGUUCAAGACGCCGUUGUCACAGGACGUUGUGAAAACCCGUGUGCGGGAGGCAAUCAAGAAAGCGAGAUGGAUCAUACCCGUGCUCGCAUCGUGCGUCAUCCCCUACCCCGACAACGCAUGGACCAAGAACUGGCGAUACUACCCCUUCUCCGAGCCAGGCGUCGAGACACCCGACGCGGCCAUCGACGCCUGGGCGGACGGCAACAUCGAGAUCCGCACGGGCCCCAGCUUCUCGACGCAUGAUUUCAUCAGGGAGAUGGACAACCGCCCGCUGCCGUACACGUUCACGCACGCGGACGGUACGCCGGGGGAGUCGCUCGUGCGGUUCUACCUUGCUGUGCCUGAUGAUCGGGACGGGGAGUACUCGAUUGUUAUGCACGGCGCGCAUGUGAUAAUGGACGGGCCGCCGACGCUGCGGCUGAUUAACUUUGUGCUGCAGUACGUUGUGGACCCUGUGAAGCACGAUGAGGAGUAUGUGGUUGGGAGUUGGGGUAAUGAGUGGCGCAAUUUGCCGGUGGGGCCAAUGACGGCGACGGGUGGGGCGAGGGACGAUUGGGAUACGGAGGGGGUUAAGCUGAAGGAGAAGAUUGCUGGGUUGUAUGCUGGGUCUGAGCCCCCGCUCACGAUCACGCCGCCCCGGGAGAAGGUAGCAAGGGUGGGUGACAUGCAGCGACCACAGCAGACGAUUGAUGAAGUGUCGACGCGCGAGAUGCUAAGGCAGCUGAAGGAGGCCGGGUUCACGUUCACGCAUCUCGUGGAUGCUGCUACGGCGCUGACGAUCGUCAAGUUCGCGAAGGAGACCUCAGGCGCGAUAAUCACGGAUGAGUCGAACGUCAUCGUGAGCCCGCCAAUCGGCCAAGACCGCUACCGUCUCCCGCAGUACAACACCAUCUCCCAGAUCGCGACGGGGCUCAUCAUGGGCCCCGCAAUCAAGAUGUACGUCGUGCGGGAUAUGCAAGGGCAGCCGACGCAACGCGAGCAGCUGCUGCACAUGAUGGCGCGCAUCAAGGCGCAGUACGCGCUGUUCACGGCGAACAAAAACCUGCCGCACCUCGCUGCGGCGGACAAGGUUGAGGAGACGGAUGUGGUGGCUGCGAUGGAGGGGAUUCGUGCGGGGUUGGGCGCGGGGCCGACGAAUUUGGGGAGGAUUGAGGGUGUGGUGAGGACGGAUCCGGGGGUGCUGAGGGUGACGGCGUUUUGUGUGGGGCAUCGGUGUAUUGGGAGGCAGCUGUAUUAUCAUGUGUGGACUGUCGGGUCGGUGUUGACUUUGCAGGUUCAGACGACGGACGCGUGGGACGAGCCGUUUCUCCAGCGGUUGACGAACGAGAUUAGGGAGACUAUGCUCUCGUUUAUCGCGCAGUAGCCUUGGGGGUAGUUGCAGCUGUACUUAUUC